CAGAGAAAGAGAGAGAGAGGCUCGGGGUCGGUUACUGAUAUUAUAAUAUAACUUCAACGCUGAGCAUCACUGUGACGUCGUCUUUCUUUGUGUGUGAAUGUUAUCGCCAAGAGUUCGACACAUUAUUAUUGGCACUUUUGCGACGAUAUGAAUCAAGUUGAUACGUGGGAGCUGAAGUCACAACAUGGGAUGGAGUUAGAGGAGGAAUUUUAUUCGUUCGAUUUAGAUGUAGACGGGGAAGACCUUUCCGGCUUCCAGUUCCAGGAUCCCCCCGCGGAACUCGUGGCUGCGCUCCGGCAGAAGGAAGAGGAGGUGGUGCUGGCCGCGCAGCUGGGAAAGGCGCUGCUGCUGGAGAACCGGCAGUUGAGGGAGCACAGCGACAAGCUGCACGAGCACUACAGCGACAGGCUCGAGGAGCUGGAGCAGGGCAAGCACGAGUUGCAGCUGAAGCUGGACAGUUGCCAGGCGCAGUGGGAGACCCAGGUGGCAGAGCUGGAGUGCGACGUGCAGGACCUGAGCGCCCAGGUGGAACGGCUUAGCCGGGCCCUUGGCGAGGCUGAGCGGGAGCGAGACCAUGCUUGGGAGGAGCACGCUGAGCGAAAGGAGCAAUUCAAGAAGCGGCUCCAAACCGCAGCCGAGGUGGAGCGGGCGCUUACCACAGAGCUGCAGACCCUGAAGCAGGACCUCUGGCAGAAGGGUCAGAGCCGAUCCCAGGAUGAGGAGCUCCUCAGUGCCAUGAGAGAGCAGGUGGCACGGCUCUCACAGAAGGAGCAGGCCCUGGAGCAGCGCUUAGAGGCCAUGUGCCAGGAAAAUGCAAGUCUCACAGAGAGCCUGGCCUCCCUGCACAGGCAACUGGCUCUGCAGGACCAGUGCGUCCAACGCCAAGGCCAGCAGCUUGUGGAGGCACAGAGAGAGACGGAGAUGGCGCAAGAGCGCACUCAGCAGCUGCAGGCCCAGGUGGAGGAGCUGCAGGAGCAGAUGUCUUUGCGGGAGUUGAGCCUGGGGGAGGCAUCCCUGCUGUCAGAACUGGAGAGGAGCUUGGGCAGCCCAGGCUGGGGCCAGGACAAGGAGCAGGUCACCCAGGAGCUGCAGUCAAUCCUUAAGAUGCUGUUGCCCUUGACAGAGAAUGGAAGGACACAGGAAGCAGACCCCACUGGUCAGGGCUUUGGGCUGCAGGACACACUACUGCAGCUCAGAAGUGUUGCAGAUGAGCUGGUCCACUGCACCAGGCCUCAGGAGCUGAAUCCUGCCAUUGUUGCCCCGAAGAGUGAUCCCUGUGAGAAUCCUGACUUGGUGAAGGAGCUGCAAGAUCAGAAUGCUCACCUGAAGGAAGAGAAUGCCCAGCUGAAAAUGCAGGGUGCGUUGGCUCAGCAGGCUAUCCGUGACCGUGACGAGGCCAUUACAAAGAAAAACGCUAUGGAGGCAGAGCUGUUCCGGAGUAAGAAUGACCUGAUGUUGCUGAACAAUCAGCUGCUGGAGGCCAUUCAGCGCAAACUGGAGCUGUCUCAGGAGCUGGAAGCGUGGCAGGAUGACAUCCAGGUGAUCCUAAACCAACAGCUGAAGAGACAACAGCAAUCAGAGCAGACUGACAGGAAGACCAUCUCCAACCGACUGGCUUUCCUACGUCGGCCCAGUAUGCCCGCUCUCAGGCCGCGGCGGCCCUCUUCCUCCCUCUCCUGCACUUCUGAGCCUGGGCCGGAGCGGACGCAAGCCCCUUGGAGAGACUGGCUGAAACAUGGAAAGAUAGGUUAGCGGUGUGGGUGGCUCCCGAGACUCCACUCCUCCCGUGAGUCGACAGUUGCACAGCCAGCGAGCUGCCAGUGGGAAUCACCCGUCGUGCAGCAGGAAAAAGGAAAGGAAUGAUGGCUGAUAUUAGCUGGACUACUUACAUCAGCCAUUGGACAUGAAGCUGAAGUGUGGCAGGAAUUCAACUCAAAGACUGCUCAUUCAGCAUGAAACCACAUUGUUUUCUGGCUUCAGUGCUGAACAGAGACUGUGUUCACAACAAUUUUUUUUUUUUUCUUUUUCUUCAAAGGGGUAAACACAAGGAAAUAUGGAUACCCUAUAUAGUUGAAGGAAUGUUUUGUAGUGAAGCAAUGAAAAUCAUGAAGACUUUAUAUUUCGGUAACUUGAGAAUAAUCUUUUCUUUUUUGAAACUAGACACUUUGUAAGUCUGAAAGUGUUAAGCUUCCGGUCAACAGAUGUCUGAUAAACCAAAACAAGCUUUUCGCUGAAAGAUCAUUCUGAACAGGUCUUUAGACAUUUACUCAUGAUCAGUUAAAUUUUACUUGAACCUGAACCAACUGAAUGCACAAAAGUUAUGGAAUUAAUGAUGGAUAAAAUGUUCAAAUGAACUUGAAGACCUUUUACAAAGAAAGCAAAAUAUUUUGUAAAGCUGUUUAAGGCUCUUCAGAGGUUAUUCUGAUUAUGACCUGGAAAUGUCACAAAAUACCCAGUACAAUAUCAUUCCACAGCGAAUGGACAAUGCCUUGUUCUCACAUAACAGCAAGGUGGUGCCAAAUAUUUUGGCAAUUGGAUGUACAAGAGAAUAUUUGUUAAUGUUCUGUACUUGCAUUCUUCCUUUUUUCUGUUAAUAUUUUAUGGCCCAGAACUGGUGCAAUAUAAUUUUGUGAACAACAAAGGAAUAUGGUGGUGUAAAGAAAAAUCUCUUGGUUUCAGAAAAAUGUAUAUGACUGUGUUGCUACAUUUAGUUUUUAUCAUUUUUUUAUAUGCUAUUUCUUGUCUUGUUAAUUGACACAAGUGCAUUUUUACUACUGAAUCUGACUGAAAAUGUCUAGAUAUGUAAUCACACAGAAAACCAAAUACACUGCAGGUCCUUGAAAGUGUUACAUCUGUUUAAUUUGAUGAGCACCCAUGAAAAAGUAAAUCAAAUGUAAAUUAAAAUUGUUUUGGUAGGAAAAUAAAUCCCCCCCCCAGUGUAAUUUGCCGCACUUGGCCUCUGCACUUUG